GCUGUUAUGGCUGCUGUUUUGACUGCUGUUAUGGCUGCUGUUAUGGCUGCUAUUUUGGCGGCUGUUUUGGCGGUUGAUGGCGGCUGUUAUGGCUGCUGUUUUGGCGGUUGAUGGCGGCUGUUAUGGCUGCUGUUUUGACUGCUGAUUUGGCUGCUGAUUUGGCUGCUGUUAUGGCUGCUGUUAUGCCUGCUGUUUUGACUGCUGCUAUAACUGCUAUUUCCCCUCAGCGUUGUGUAAAAAGAUGGCUGCAAGAAAAGAAUAUGUUGGAGGGCGCAAACAGUCUAGACGCCCUGGGGCUAGAAAUGAACGGAAGGAAAGACAAGGAUGAAUCGACGGAAUAUUGGGGAAUCGCGGCCGGUGGACACAGAAAGCCAGUCCGAGGGGCGUGCUUCGGGAAAUGCAAAGCUGUGUGGUUUCUUGCUCUGCCUUGAUGAUGGCAGCCCGAAGAAAAAGAAAAAAUAAGGUGGGAAUGCGUUUGCUCGAAGUGGCGGAAAAAACUGAGUGAGCCAGGCCC